CCAUAUCAGAAACAAUUGAUGAAUCUCAAGAUAUAGCCCAUUUAAAUAAUGUAGUUGAAAAAUACCAAUUCACAAUAGACAAAAUAACAAGAGAAUUGGAUCAACUACAGCUAGAAAUGUACAAUGACAAGGAAGAGGAUGACAAUGAAGGGAAAAUAAACCAAGAAGAUAGUAUUGAUGAUGUUGUUGUUUUGGAGAAUAUAGUAGAAAAAGAUGAAGAGGAAAGACAAGAAAUUGUAACUACCACCAGUAUCAUUAUGUCUACAAAGGAUGAUAAUGAUAGCAAUGAUGGUGAUGAUCUAAUGGACCUGACAAAUAAUUUAAAUGAAUCAACAAAUACCAGAU